UUCAUCGUCUCAACUCAACCCUCUCCCGUUUCCUUGCACAAUCACCUAAGGUGAAGCCGGGCCAGUAUCCCGUUUGCUCCCGCUGCGUUGUCAAGUCUACCUAUACCUUCGAGAUACCCACACUACACAAAAAUGGGUUUCUUCAACAGGCGAGCUGCUGCUGCCGACCCUAACACGGCUGCUGCAGCUGGCACUCACACACAUGAGAAGAAGCCGGGUAUCUUCUCUAAGCGCCAGCAUGGAGCUGCUGCUACGCACCACAAUGGCACGCCAGCGUGGAACACGCGUCCCACAUUUGGACAGUGGAUCAAGGCUACGGUGCUCGAUAUUGUGACCAUGGCUGCAAUGGGCGCCAUAGGUCUCGGUGUGUACAUGGCGCGUCCCGCCCCAUCUCGAAGCUUUCCUGUCGUCUUCUCCGAUGGCGAGAUUGUCUACCCUGAAUUCGCCUACCCCAUGCGCAACGAGAUUGUCCCCAUCUGGGCCGCCGCCCUCAUGGCCGCUCUGAUCCCCAUUGCCGUCUUCCUCAUCUGCCAGAUCCGCGUCCGCAGCUUCUGGGAUGUCAACAACGCCACUAUCGGCCUCCUCUACUCCCUCAUCACCGCCGCCGUCUUCCAAGUCUUCAUCAAAUGGCUCAUCGGUGGUCUGCGCCCGCACUUCCUCGCCGUCUGCAAGCCCGUGAUCCCCGCAAACAUGCGGCCUACAGGCAACGUCGCCAACGGUUACCGCCAGAUCAUGUUCGACCGCAGCAUUUGCACAGGCGACGAGAAGGAGAUUAACGACAGCCUGGAGUCGAUGCCGUCGGGCCACACCACGGCUGCCUUCGCUGGCUUCGUCUACCUCUACCUCUACCUGAAUGCUAAGUUGAAGGUAUUCUCCAACUACCACCCCGCCAUGUGGAAGCUCAUCGCCAUCUACGCGCCCAUCCUCGGUGCGUGCCUCAUCGGCGGCGCCCUCACCAUCGACGAGUACCACAACUGGUACGACAUCCUCGCAGGCGCCGUCAUCGGCACCGUCAUGGCCUUCUCCGCUUACCGCAUGACGUACGCCUCGGUGUGGGACUUCCGCUUCAACCACAUCCCCCUCGUCCGUAGCGCGCCCUUCAUCUACGGCGCCGGGCCCUCCACCUUCGACGGCUUCCACGAUGCGACCUUCACCCGCAAGGCCGGCUGGGGCGAGCACAACGGGUCUGCGUGGGGCGGUGCGCCCGGCGACGCGGCUGACGGUCCCCGCGGCAACAUGGCGCAGGCUGCUGGCGCGGCGGAGUCGGUUGCCCACGGUGCUUCCAACGGACGCGGUACCCACGGCGGUGUGGUCGGCACGGGGGGACACACCCACGGCCACGCUGCCACCAACUCGAUUGACCGCAGGCCGGUGGCUGGGAGCCGCAUGGGCGAGCAGAUGGUCUAGGUUCGUGACUACCCUGGCGGUGGAUGUGGCCUGAGGUCUUUGGACGAGUG